AUGCAAUCAUCGGGAGAAAGACUCGACGACGACAAUAACGACAAUACCGUUACGCGUCGUCGUUUUACUCGUCGUCGUCGCGUUGCCCCAAAUGCGCGUUCGUUCUCGUCGAAAGGCUUAAUAGUAAAAAACGUUCUCGUUACGUUUGCGCUUUGGCUGCUCGUUUUCUCGAGCGAAAAAUCAUCCUUUUGCAACGGAGAUGACGACGUGAAGUGUCCGACAUCAAACGAGUUCCAAACGCUCUCACCCAUCACCCAACCGUCACCGAUCGAGGAAAUGGAAUGGCUGGCUCGAUACGAUUACGCGAAUAAAGAUGAUCACACGAAGAAAACGGAACGGGUGAUUGCGAAAUUAUCGAAUGGUCAAAUAUACCAAUCGAAGGACAACGGGAAGACGUUCGCGGACGAGACGGCGGUUUUGAGAGGGUUCCAAGAGGAUAAAGGAUUCAUAGUCGACCGGAUUUUAGUUCCGAGCGAUGAUUUAUACACGAAACGAGUGAUUUUACAAGGGAAUAAAGAUCGGCAUUGGGCGUCGAAAGAUCUCGGCGACAGUUGGAUACAACCGUGCGGGUUUGAAAGCGCCAACGACGACGACGCGAACAAUUGUUUCAAAAGUCCGACCGGUGGGAAGUACGAACAAGGGUAUAGGAUUGUAGGAAGCAUGGUGAUGCAUCCCGGCGAGCAUAGGGAUGGGUACAUUUUGGCAUUGGUGAGCCGACCGGAGUGCGAGAGGACGUAUUACGACGACACGGUGACGUGCGCGAAGGAUUUGAUGUUGACUACGGAUUUCGGGAGAACAGAGUGGAGGAAUUUAACGGAUUCGAGCGAUAACGAUAUCGUUAGUUUUGUGGAUUUCGACUGGGGACCAGAUCCAGAUCCUACGCACAGCGAAGCGAGCGUUUUGGCGACCGUGUAUACGAGUAAAGAGGACUUUUGGAAAUCGAGACAUCAUCCCGGGUUUAGUUUCGCGGUAACUUUUAUACGCUCGUCGUCGUUUUUUGUGGGGAAAGAUUGGUACGCGCAUAAAACUCCAUGCGGGAACGUGUUCGAGGUGUUAAAUAAGGACGUCUACGUCGCUGCUUUGAAGGAUUGCGACAAGUAUUUGAAAAUGUUGGAAGAUUCGAAAGACAUCUCGGACGAAGAGGAAAAAGAGUUGAGGUACGACCACGUGCAGUUGGAAGUGUCCACAGAUAGCGGCGAGACGUUUAAUCCGAUAUGCUUUCCAGAAAAUAUUCGCGCGAAAUCGUUCACGAUAUUCGAUUUCGAUGCGGUUCAGAAAGGGCCGGAUUUCAUCAGCAUCGACCACGCGGAGGAAGAAACGUCGGCGGUUGAAGGCGCCGCGCCGAUGGGGAACUUGUACGCCGCGGAUGAUUCGUUGCGACUAUUUUCCCUAUCGCUUCGUAGAAACGUGCGCGAACGAGGCGUGGCGGAUUUCAGCGGCGUUGCAGGCAUGAAUGGCGUGUUCAUUGCAAACCAAGUAAGCAGAGAUGCGUUUAAAAGUACGUAUAAUUAUUACGACGUGGACUAUAGUAGUUAUUACCAAACCUUGCAAUCGUUCAACGGAGGAGGCGUGUGGCGAUACAUUCCCGCUCCGAAGAAAGAUGCGAACGGAAACGAUAUUCAAGGGUGCACGGUUACGGACGACUCGAAAACAGUGUGUAGCUUACACUUGCACGGCGAAAGCGCGUGGUCUGGAGGUGAAAAUUGGGAAACGCGGUUCGGCGCGGUGUAUUCGCACCAAUCCACGCCGGGUGUCAUCAUAUCGACAGGAAAUGUCGGGAACGUGUUAUCGAAAGAAGCGAGCGAAGUGAACACGUACAUCUCUCGCGAUGGUGGGUACACGUGGGAAGAGACGUUACAAGGACCGCACAUUUACGAGUUUGGUAACUUUGGUGCUUUAAUCGUCGCGGCGAAAGAAUCGAGCGUGGGGCAAACCGACGAGGUUUGGUUUUCGCGAGACGUCGGGAAGUGCUGGGAAGGCCCAAUCAAGUUGAGUAAACCGAUCAACGUCCACAACAUUCGCACGGAUGUCGUUCAGAAAGGAUCGGUGUUUGUUAUCCACGGCGAAGAUGCGACGAAAUCGGAAUCGUACCAAGCCUCCGGCAUCGCGUACGUCAUCGAUUUCGAUAACUUAUUGCUCAGCAACUCGACGUUUCGAGUCGAUAAGUGCGACGAGAAGAACGAUUACGAGACGUGGUUUCUGAAUAUUCCAAACCAAAAGGAGUGCAACAUGGGCGAGAAAGUUGAAAGACGACGCCGGAAACGGUACGCGAGGUGUUUGAACCUUGAAGACGGCGUCGUGUCGGAACUCCAAGAUACCGUUUCGCAAUCUCACGUGUGCGAGUGCGAGCACAUGUUUGACACGUCGUGUGAAUACGGGUAUUACAGAGUUCACUCGUCGCCCUCGGCUAUUUCAGGGUGCGAUCCGAUGCCGAAUGUGAACAUCGAAGAGUGCGCGUACUUGAUAGAUAAAGGAUCGAUUCCGAAAUCUCACGAACGGAUCGUUCACGGAGACGUUUGUAACAACCCGUUAAACGCGCUCGGCGCAGAAUACGACGAUUUAGGCCACAAGAAAGGGAAAAAGCACAGCACGAAGCAUCCUCUGUUUGGAUUUAUCAUCUUUUGUCUCUUUGGCGGAGCUUUUUAUGUGGUGUAUAAAUACUUUGAUUUAGGCCGCUACGUACCGCACGGGUUCCGAGACGCGGUGAAUGAAUUCUUUGAAAGCGUCAUGGAUUGGUUGAGAAGAAUGCGGAGUAACAUGGGAUCAUCAUCAGGCGGUGGUGGUGGUGGCUUUAGACGGUUUGGCGGCGGCGGCGGUUCGAGACCAGAUGGAUACUUUGAACCGUUAGCGGAUUUUGAUGAAGACGAGAUUUGA